AUGCCACAACCGCAGGCGCCGAAGCGAGUCGUAGGCCAACGUGGCAAUAGUGCCAUGGCUGAGUUUAAACCCAAGCGCUGGCAGGUUGAAGACCACUGCGGUAUCUGCCGUAUUGAAUUCUCGCUCCUGAAUGCACGACACCAUUGUCGUUCAUGUGGACUCUCAGUAUGUGGUAAACACUCGAAGAACAAGGUGAUUGUGCCGACGUCGCUGUCAAAAGUACCGCAACGAGUGUGUGACAAGUGCUAUCCAAAGUGCUGCAGCAUUGCAAUGGGACUUGCAGCUCCUAGUCCUGCGCGUCGAGAGAUACCAAAUGACAAAGUACGUCGACACACGAUGGAGUUAACAGAUGAACGUAAUGACGGCCAUCGUAUUCGUAGCCCUCCAGAAGGACUGAAAAGAGCUGAGGAUAUGGCACGACGAGAUAACAGGACGUGGAACGGCGGCGGCGAUGACUAUGACCCUGUGCUGAUGAUGCGACGGGAUGGAGAACCACGCAUUAUGCAAUCAGCACGAGGCCGCCGAUUAAUGUCUCCCCGCGCAAAUUCUCCACACGGUAUAGAUCCUCGUCAGGUGGUUUCUUCGCGUGGCCGACCUGCACGAAACGGAGAUUUGCAUCCUAGCGAUCUCAUAAACGACAUAGAUCGACGCAGGAAGAGAGAAUUACGUGAGAAAGAGCGACGGACUAGGGACCCACGAGAAAAAGAUCCGCGAGAAAGAAAUGCACGCGAGAGAGAUCUGCGAGAAAGAAAUGCACGCGAUAGAGAUCCACGGGAAAGAAAUGCGCGCGAGAGAGAUCCACGGGAAAGAGAUGCACGCGAGAGAGAGCUGUGUAUUAAGGAUCUUCGAGAACGCGACAUGCGCGGAAAAGACCCACGUGAAAUGGAGCGACGCAAGAGAGACCCACGAGAAAAAGACCCGCAUGAGAGGGAGCGACGCGAGAGAGGUCCACGAGAAAAAGACCCGCGCGAGAGGGAGCGACGCGAGAGAGAUCCACGAGAAAAAGACCCGCGCGAGAGGGAGCGACGCGAGAGGGAUCCACGAGAAAAAGACUCGCGUGGGAGGGAGCGACGCGAGAGGGACCCACGAGCAAGAGAUCCGCGCGAGAAAGAGCGACGUGAUAGGGACCCACGAGCAAGAGAUCCGCGCGAGAAAGAUCGACGUGACAGAGCUCUGCAUGAGCGAGACCUAUUUGAUGACGCUCCACGCGACAAACUUUCACGUGGUUCUCUUAGACAGAAAGAACGCCGCCACCGUGGAGUUACCCCCGAGGAGAUGCGUAGCCCAGCUCCCAGUCUACUCAAGCGAGGUAGUGGCAAGCUCCGUGACGACACAUCGUCAACGUGCCGCACCGCGUCCUCGACGCUGACCAGCUUGUAUGCUGCGCUAAACGGGAGUGACGAUAUUGAAGUACCAGCUCCACCACCAAGGUCAGUGUCGAAGCGGCGUUCGCCAUCCCGCAAAGAGAAGGAAAAGCAAAGUGCUUUUGCAGAUUCGACUUUUUCCAUUUUCAGUCUGGCUGGGUCCGAUCACUCUGACUCGGAAUCUAAAGCGGCCAACGAUGUAGGGCAGAAAGUUCCAUCUCGCAGACUUAAAAAAGUUCGAAGCAACAGUAUGAACCGGGAAUCAUUGGAGAAGAAGGAACACUUAGACUUUAGCGCUUCUUCCAGCAGUAUCAAAAGCUUAGAGGUGUCGGCAAUUACGCAAAAGUACCUAAAGCCAGAGCCGGCAAAAGCAGCGAUGAAGAAGGUAACGUUACAACCGAUGAUUGAGGAUGAUAUUGAGAGUGACGAACCGAGCGGACAGUCGAGCAGACGUAAGGCAAACCCAAGAGGUGACACAGGCGAGAGAAGACGUAAUACAGCAUUACUAGAUCAGGCCAAAGACGGUAACAAGGCCUAUGGCGAAAGACAAAGUUCAGUCGGAAUGCUCCCCCCGUUCAAACGUGGCGAGCCUAUUGAUAUGAAUUUUCGAGACAGCUGCGAAGAAAACACAUUGGCCCAUGAUAAGGUCUCUAAGCCAAAGCGCACGUUGUGCAUCACAGAAUACGAUGAAUUUGAGGCGACGCAAAUUUCUGUAAGCAGUGACUCGUGCUUAAGCGAUGACAAGGUGGAGGAUGAGGCGUUUGCGGAGCUACUUGCCGCGUCAAACCGAGGAAAGCAGGACCUGACCGCCAAGCUUUGGGCUAAGAAGGCUGCUGUUGCUGGAAUCGAUCCUGCCAGUCUCGAGGCGAAGGAAAAAGCCCCGACGACUGCCAACUACAAGCUGACUAAAAGGGAUGAAGAGAUCAUGGGACAGGUCUCGGAGUUGGAAGCAACGGUACUUCAGCACCAGAAAGAGCUGACAGACUUGCUGGAUAUGUAUGGUGAGGCUACCAAGCGAGCGCAAAAGGCUCAGAAGGAGUUGCAGAACGCAAAAGUGCGCGUGAGUCGAUACGAAAAGGCGCAUGCUGCUGUGUCGCGAGCCAUUCGCUCUGGAAAAUUGUACAUGCAGCAAAAAGAGUAUAUGGCUGCAAUUUUAGAGCUUUCGCGCGCCAUUGGCAUUGAGCGAUCGAACGCAACACUGUGGUAUAUGCUUGCUGAGUGCCGAUUAAAAGUCGGCCAGCCUGCGGCCGCGGAAGAUGCUUGUACGACGAGUUUAAAGUUACAUCCUACGGGUGCAGCUUUGGCGAUGCUAGGACGUAUUAUGCACGAACGAGGUCGAAACGACGAGGCCACUGAGUGUUAUUUAUUGGCAUUGGGACGAAACGAUGAAAGUGAGGGCGAAGAAGAUAGUGAGUACGAGUAA